AUGGCGGACCGAUACUCCUUCUCCCUUACAACCUUCUCCCCCAGCGGAAAGCUGGUGCAGAUCGAGUAUGCCCUCAACGCCGUAAACCAGGGUAUCACUGCCCUUGGUAUCAAAGCUACCAACGGUAUCGUCCUCGCCACCGAGAAGAAGUCCUCCUCCCCCCUCGCCGACCAGAGCUCCCUCGCCAAGAUCAGCAACAUCACCCCCAACAUCGGCAUGGUGUACUCUGGCAUGGGCCCCGACUAUCGAGUAUUGGUGGACCGCGCACGCAAGGUCUCGCACACCGGUUACAAGCGCAUCUACAACGAGUACCCUCCCACCCGGAUAUUGGUGCAGGAUGUUGCGCGAGUCAUGCAGGAGGCCACCCAGUCUGCUGGUGUUCGACCUUACGGUGUGAGCCUGUUGGUCGCUGGUUGGGAUGAGGUGGGCGGCCCCAUGCUUUACCAGGUCGACCCCUCUGGCAGUUACUAUCCCUGGAAGGCCACGGCCAUCGGCAAGAGCGCGACCAAGGCAAAGACAUUCCUGGAGAAGCGAUACUCGGAGGAGCUCGAGCUUGAGGAUGCUAUCCACAUUGCGCUCCUGACCCUGAAGGACAACAUUGAGGGAGAGAUGAACGGAGAUACCAUUGAGAUUGGUAUCGUUGGUGCCCCCGCGGAGCAUCUUCUGGGCCUUGAGGGUGUCGAGGGGGCUGUCGGACCCCGUUUCAGAAAGCUGACUCCUCAAGAGAUUGAGGAUUACCUGACGAGUCUAUGA